AAAGAAGAAGACGAAGAGGUUGCCUAGCGACCAGAGGAAGAAUAGCGUCUGCUAGCUAGAUGGUUGUGCAUGGAUAGUGCAUGAUAAAACAGGGAACAAAUGCCACCAAAAAGAAAAGGACCUCUGCAACUGGUGCAGAGAGAAGUAGAUGGAAUCAAAAAACAGGUGUGCUGCCGAAUGUCUUGACUCGUGUAUUUAGGACAGUUGUGUUUUAGCAAAAACUGAUAGCCAGACGAGCCUGUUGGAUGAUCGGACUGACUUGUGCAGUCACUGAAAUCAAGCUUGUUAAGACUGUGAUGUUAAAAAAACUCUGUUUUUGGAUGAUGAAUCCAAUUCAAUAACCUUGUUACCUUAAACACAGCUUUUCAAAAUUGUCUUGUAGGCUACGGUGAAAGCUGGAAUUGAAUAAGUAUCUACAAGUCUGUUUUUGCUUAAUUACAACAAAAAUAGAGGAAUUAAAGUACUUCUUUUGAUAGUUCUCAUUCAUUUUGGUAAAGUACCCUGAUUCAGAAAGCAGCGAAACAAAGGCAGGAAAAGAACAGUAGUCGCCAGUAUGAUCAUGUCAACAAAAACUGUAAAUCUGGAAGUUUCCUGAAAGCAGAAUUUGUUAACUGUAGAUUUAGAUUGCAUUAGAUACUGUUACAGUUGGUUAGGGUAUAGUCUAUGUGUUAAAGAUAAGAGUGUCAUAAACAUUUAUUUUGUACAUCGUAAAUUUGCAGGUGUAAACUGUAAACCCUUGUACUCAGUGUUGAUUGAGUUCUGUCUUUUUUUCCAGGUUGACAGUCUGGUGAAAGAUGUUCAGAAUCAUGAUGUAUCCACUGAAGAAGCACUUCGAAGGUGGACAUCUUUAACAGAGCCUCACAUGUGCUGCUUUCUUACAUUUUUCUAGUUCAUUAUCAACCCUUAUCCAGACUUGCUUGACAAUGAAAUUGUUUUACUUUUCUUCACACUCCCUUUCUAAUUUUCUUAUUUUCUUCCCAGUAGGAGUCGAUAUGAGCUGCCUUUUUCUGAAAUGCUUUGGAUUCGAUGUUAUUUUAAUGAAGAAUUUUGUUACAGGUGUCAAGAGCUGCAAAUAUCUGCAGAGAAAACACUGAGGACACUAAAGAACCUGACAAAAGUAAGACCUGCAAAAUCAAUACACUUACAACUUAUAUUUUUUUAUUCCGAUUCAUCACCUUGUAGGUAUUUGAGCUGCAUUUUUAUGGUUCUACUCCCAAAAUGCAAUCACCUGUUGCAACUGCUCUUUGUAUUCAAAAAGGAAGAGUUAAUUAAGAAAGUCAAAUAUCAGGCUAAUGUCCAACUGCCAUCUCAUGUUGUUAUUCCAAACAUAGGUUUUGGAAUAUACCUUAAAAACACAGAUGUAAUCCUAAAUUGCAAUUUGUUGCUUCAUUGUCAAGGCUGAUGAGCUGGCUCCAGUUGGGAACUAUGAUCAGAGGAAGCAGGAAGAAGAAAGACGACUACAGAAUCUCUUGGAGCACCUAAACGCACUCUCUCUGGAACUUUCCCCACCAGGACCCAGUACUGCUGCAGGGUCAGUGACCUGGAUUUUUACUGUAAACAACAAAAAGACAAUAAUAACAUCCAAAUUAUCUUUUUUUCCCCUCAAUUCACAGUGAUGUUUCAAAGGGGGAGAGUGAGGAUGAUGAUGAUGAUGAUGAUGAGGAUGAUGAAGACACGAACGAUGAUGUUGAUGACGAUGACGAUGAUGAUGAUAAUGAUGAUGAAAUGGAAGUUGGGAAACCACCUACUCAGUCUGAGCCUCAUCUUUACACGGUUCUCAGUGAUUUCAAAGGAGAACAGGAGGGGGAUCUGACAGUACAGGUAAAGCCAGGCUUUGUCAGGGUCUGAUUUGUUAAAUCUGACACUAAAACUAUUGAAACAUUAUUUAAUAUUAUUUAACUAUUUACAGCAACGGACACGCUUGCCCUGCAGCUUAUAUGCUCACAGGCCUCUGCAUAUUGUUAUGCCAUACGAUUUUUUAAAUCGAUUUCUCAUGUUUACAGAGAGGGGAGGUGUUGAAAAUCAUCAGGAGGACAGCAGAUGGAUGGUGGUUGGCUCAGGACAGUAAAGGCAACAGAGGAGUGGUCCCCAAAACCUACCUGAAGGUACACAACCUGUAUUGAUAGUUUGACUUUUACAUUUCAUUAAACAAAAGCUCAAUUAAAAGGUUCAGUCCAUCUGUUAAAGAUAUGAUAAGUAUUUAUUUUUCUGAUUCAAUCACUUUUAUUUUGCUGUAGCCACUUGUAUUCUGUGUGUGAUUUAAAACUGAGGUAAAUGCAUGCAGAAAAUAGAGUGACACCAAAGGCAAGAGGCAUUCAAUAUGGUUAUUUUAUAAUUACACCCUUACAGAGAACUAUAGUAUCCCUCUUUUCAGAUUGGCACUGGUGUUGAUGACGAAGGUGACGAAGAUGAUGAGGACGACAACGAUGAGGAGUCAGAGGAAGAUGAAGAGGAACUGACGGAUGACAGAGUUAAACAGAGGUUCGUUGUUUUCAGCUUUUUCAUGUGGUCAGAAGGAUCUUCAAAAAUUGCCUAUUUCAGUGCAGGUAAAAUCAGCUUUUAUAUGUUUAUUUAUGUCCUUCAACAGUGCUGUUUCACAUUCAAACUGGGGUCCUGUCAGAAAGGCUCUGGCAGAGGUAAAUAGUAACUGACUGUAUAACUACUGUUACUCACACAAAUGAAAAUUAAAAGGUCAAAAAUAUGGACAUGUUGGAUUAUUUUCACCAUGUGUGUCCGUCUGUGUUUGUGUGACAGAUUGAUGCCACUGACGUGCUCUCUGCCAUGGGAGCCAUACCAUCAGGAUUCAGACCAUCAACUCUCAAUAAACUGCUGAUGGAGGAAGGUCAGUGUUCUCUCUGUUAUGCGUCCACACUAAUGAAUAGAAACACAGGAAAAAAUAUUGCAGAUAAAGGGGGUUUUGAUAGACGAGCAGAGGAUUUUUGUUCAAAACUGCGCUAAAAUUUUAAUUUGAUAUUGUUCGUAACUUACAAAAGCAUAUUGCAUUCACUUACAAAACAUAAAGAAGGAAACUGGUUUUUUUUUGAGUAUUUUUUUUCUUUGCUGUUCUUCUGACUAAUUUUUCUCCACCUUCUGUUUUUCUGACUAUUUUUUUCUUCUGUUUUUGUGUACAGAUAUUUUUCCCCCCUCUUUCUGUUUUUCAGACAAUUUUUUACUCUUUUUUGUACUUUUUUUUCCUUUUCCAUUUUUCUGUUUUUCAGACGAUUUCUUUUCCUGACUAAACGAGAUACUUUAAAAUCCUGUGAGAAUCUCAUACAAUCAGAUCAGGUUAACCACCAUGGCUGCUCCAAAUCAGCGGAUUCUCCAGCUUCUAGAUAACUUUGACUACAGGGUCAAUGAGAGUAGGGCAUGUUAUUAGUUAAACAUAGGGUAUACAAAUCCUGAAGUGCCUGCGCAAAGUAGACAAACUUAUGACGAUUCCAUCUAUCUGAAAAGAGUAUGUCCCAGUGUCUCAAACCCAAAAGAAAGUCAAACUUGAUUAAACUAAAAAAGUGGGCCAUGUUUACUUCUAAUAAAUCAAGCAGAGGGGGAUGAAAGAAACUAAUGAUGAUGAUCCCAGAGAAUAGGAAAAACAAUUAGUCUGAGAAACAGAAAAGACAAAGAAAUUACUCUAAAAAACAGAAAAAACUAGUACGAAGAACAGAACAAAAAAAAUUACUCUGAAAAACAGAAAUUUUUUUGGUGAAUGCAAUACGCUUCCUUAAUACAUAAUAAAAAUAAAAUCUGCUAAAAAUAAAUAAAGUAAAUAUGGAAACAACACCCAGCAUACAGUUUCUCACAGUGGAUUUGGUUAAACUGUGCAGUAGUUUGGUGUUUCAUACAUUCACUGUGUUUGUGUUGCAUUUUAUUGGUUUAUUGUGGUUUUAGUUUUUGUGUUGUUUUAAGAACAAUCAGGGAGCAGCGAAGUGAGACAGAACUUUUCAUGAUUGCCACAGUGUAUACUCCCACCACGACAACUACCACCUCACUGUAGGACAAGAAUUUGUCAUACAUUUUUACUUAUAAACAUUAGUAGAUCAGAGUAAGUAACCAGUUGCUUAUUUUUAUGUCCAGGUGAAACAUACAGAGGAAGUGACUAUAUUCAGCCAAAACCCAGUGAAUCAAAACUCUCCUUUUGUGACCUCUUCUUGGACCCAGACACUGGCAGGGUAAGACAGGCCCCGUGUAGUGUGUGUAGUGUAUCUUUUAUGAAUAAAGAUAAUUGUAGGUAUACUUUUAACAUAAGUUAUCUAGUUAAGCAUAAUCCUCUGUAAAAGUUAUGCUUCCAUUCACUUGUCUGUCUCUGGUUCUGUCAUACAGGUCCGAGCUCGGCAGGUCAGGACUUGUGUUUGUUUUUCUUUAUGGAGCUGCAGGAUGAUUCCCACUCCAGGGGUUGGAGUUCAGGUCCUCAGCAGACACAUCCGCAUCUGUGCCUUUGAUGGAACUCAGGUCAGGAAUUUCUGUUGUAGACAUACAAUUUGUGUCAUCUAUGCUUUUGUACACACAUCUCUCAGCUGCUGUGUUUUUCUGGUAUGAUAAACUGUCACAUACAAUAUCAACUGUUUAAAAACAAAUUAUAUUUCCAUUUUUUAAAUGUACUUUCUGUUCGUGUGUUUCAGGUGUUGAGUAAUAUCCACACUGUGAGGGCAACAUACAACUCAAAAAGCCCCAAAUCCUGGACGUUUUCACCAAGGGUAUUUUCGCAGCAGCACAAACAUCGACUUACACAUAGUUUUUAAUCAUUACUGAUGUGCAGUGUUAAAAUGUAGAAUCACUAAUUUAAAUUUUAUGCUUCAAGCUGUUUGAGCUGUUUGCCUCUGAUCGGUUUCAUUCUAGGUAACAGGUGUCCUACCCACCCUCCUGGAUGGAGACUGUUUCCUUCGCUCAAACUCGGCAUCACCUGACCUCGGUAUCCUCUUUGAACUGGGGGUCACUUUUAUACGGAAUGUAAGGAUUUAUACACACACAUAUACAGUGGAUACACACACACCGUUUGUAAUAAGAUAAACAAGUGCAAAUAGGAUGUUUAAAAUCAUGCAGAAAAUGAAAAGUUCUCUGCUGAAACCUCAUUUUUUUGCUGGCAUGUAAGAGAAAAAAGCAGAUUUACUCUCUGUAGAAUCAGUAGAGACUAUGCACAAAGCAGCAGUGUUUGAUUUCCCGUGUGUGUGUGUGUGUGUGUGUGCUUUAGUCCACAGGUGAGAAGGGAGACCUGAGCUGUGGCUGGGCUUUCCUCAAACUGACUGACGACUCUGGAAAUCCAGUUCCAUUUAGGUACACAACAGCACACUCACAGACAUGCUGUGCACACAGUGUACACUAUUAUAUUUACAAAAAUACUAUUUUGUGCAAGCAGCCAUGAACAUAGUCGAAGCUAUUACACAUGAAUACAUGCAAACACUGUCUCAUAUUUAAGAGAAUAAGUGCAUUUUUAACUUGACUUUAAACCAGUAUGUCUUCUUCCUCAUGAUUUUUUAUGAGUAUGAAUCUAUAAAUCUCUAUAAAAAUAAAAAUAAAAAAAUAACACAACUCAAGAACCAAAAAAGUUUUAAUAGUCUGGCAAUUAGUUCUUUGAAAUCUAACUGUAUUUAAUCUGUGUUCAGGACUUAUGAGUUGCAAGUGAAUGGCGGUACUCCCUAUGAGAAGGAUGUGAUGGUGGAGACUACAAUCACUCGAGGAUGUAAGAACAUCAGCACUCAGUGUCACAUUAAGUCCGCUUCAGGACAGACAAUUUAAAAAGAUUUUUACAAAAGGAUGUAAACUCUGAAGUCAUAAGCUCACAUUGUGUCUCUGCUCCUCAUAGCUCCUGUGGGCGUUUUCCAGCAGAUGCUGCAUGCCAGGCGACAGCCUAAACUCAUUGUGAAGUUGAAAUCAGUAAACAACCGGACAAGAAUGCAGCUCAGGUGGGAUCAUCAGCAGGACUAGAACUAUCACAGAGGCUGAACACAUGCAGAUGACUGUAUGAUCGGAUCUGGCAACAAUGAAGGAUUUGCAGAAAACAGGCAUGUGUUUCAGCGUGUGAUGAUGACCAUGUUUUCCUUUUCAGCCUCCUCCCAGACACUCUGCUACACAGUCUGAGCUGUGUCCACCUGCUGGCUCUAUAUAGGCAGCUGCUAGCUGAUGCACUCCUACUGGACAGACCAACAAUGCAGAAUGCAGGUAAAACAUAACUUUCUCUAUUCUAUAGUUUAGAUGCCUAUAGUUUAUGGAAAGAAGCAUUUUAUAUAAAAUAUCUCUCUGUUUCAGAUCCAAUUUGCAGUCCUAUACUUGCCACCUUUCCAAAGCUGUUGGACCAACCAGACCUGCUGGAUGCUCUCAGGGUCAGUCCCCUCAGUCAAACACAAACUACCGUAGCUUUUUGUAUGAAGUUAAGCAAAGAUCAGCAAAGCUUUUUGUUAAGAAAUUUUUUAUUGACACCAAAUAAGCUGUGUUUUUGAACACUAUGAAUAAGAAGAUUUUAAAUUCAACCUGAAUCAUUUUUCUUGACCAAAUUUACAACAGUCAAAACUUUAUACUACAGUCCUAAUAAUAGAACACAUCUGUUUUUCCUACCAGAAAAAAAUCUAUGGCAUGAUAAUGAAGCUUAUGUGACGGCUCUGAGAAUUUGAAAUGACAGAGAUAAAAAAUCGUAGAAUCAAGUUAGUUCUUAGGCUAUGGGAAAGGAUAAGGGCCACUAGGAAAAAAAAAUUAAAAAAUGUUUUAAAAAGUUCCAAUUUUAUUUUUUUUAUCAUAAUUCUGAGUAAAAAGAGAGAAACAAUCUGCACACUUCUGGUCUGUUGCAAAAAGAAAGGCUUUACCGAAGCAAGCUUUCGGUCGGUUAGACCUUCAUCAAGGCACUCUGCCUUGAUGAAAGCUUUCUGCUAAUCCUGCACCUUCUCUCCAGAUUGAGCGGUGACCCUUCACUAUUUUACUUAUCAUAAUUCUGAGAGAAAAAGUCAGAAUUCUGACUUAAAUUCUGACUUUUUUUCCCCUCAGAAUUAUGAUUAAAAAAUAACAAAAAGAAAAGAAUAAAAAAAAACAAUAUUUUUUUUCCCUUGUGGCCCUAAUCCUCUUCCAUAUUAAGCAGAGUCAUACAUCUUGUCAGACAAUAUGUGUCUGACAAGAUAUAAGGCUGCAAUUCAUAGACUGUAUAUAGAAUAGUAGAGAAUAGAAUAAAAUAAAAAAAAAAUAGUAUAGAAUGUAGCAUAUCCAGUCUAUGCUGCAGUUUCAGGACUGCAUGCUGGGACUGCAUCUCUGAGACCCUUGUGACGUUGGGACAAUUAUGAUUGUGGGGAUAAGGGUAAGGUUUACAGGUAGGUACUAAAAGUUGUUAUAGUGGACACCAAAAGUGUGGUCCUUUGUAAGCAGGAGGUGGUGCUGUUGCAACAACAAGGGUCUUGAAAAUGUGGUCCUGAAUCUGCAGUCUCUGGGUCUGUUGUCAUACGCUUCUCACCUGUCAGAUAUCUUAAGAAAAUCCUGAAUGCCUCACAGCUUGAGAGUUUUUUGAUCUGAUUGAAAUUAAAUAGUGGUUGUAAUAUAACUGUAAUUUUCCCUCAUUUUAGAGUGCCUGGCUGGAUGCUGAGACGAACAUGACCAGAGCACAAAAGGUCAGUUUUUACAUGUGCAUGUGUGCGCAUGUUGGUGUAAUCUCCAUACAAACCUGUAGAGGGUACUAGAAGGAUAAUUACCUGGUGGUUCCUUCCUACCAAGAAGUUCAAAUGAGUUUGUGUGUGCAGGUAUAAUGUAAACUGCACAUCACACCAGCAGACACGUAAAAACCUUUUCCUUUCUUGUCGCUGUGUCUUUUCAGAGGGACUUGCCCUAUUUGAAGCAGGAGUUCAGUAAAGUCUACAUGUCCGCAAUCUAUUUCCUCCUCCACUCAUCCUCUUUGCCCUGCUAUCGCUGGGCAGACCCGCCCUCAGAGGAGCAGAGGGCUAGAGUCAUCUUCUCCACACUGGGUGCUCUCAAACACAGCCAGCAAACCGGCAGCCAGUCAGGGGGCGAAGAGCUCUUUAUAGACCCCACUCAUCAACAUCUUGCCUUUGAUGUUACAGAGCUGACCUUUGACCUUCUAAAAGUGUUGCGGUGACAUCAAAUCUAUCAUUGGAGGGGUACAAUUUGAAGUUUAUGACCUUAUAUCAUUUAAAGAAUUCAAAUAAAAUGUAUUCUUAAAUUUGUAAAAAAAAAAAA